GUCGACUUCUCCCUCCUCACGGGCCAGGGGCCCGCGUACGCCAGCGUCUUCGUCCAGGACGAGGACGCGCAGGACGAGGAGAUGGAGGUCCGACGCAUGCACGAGCUGGUCGACCAGACGACGCAGGCGCUCCAGCAGGUGCAGUCCUCCCUGGCGGAGCUGUCGCUCCAGCCGCGCCCGGGUGCCAAGGCUGACAACAAGGCCAAGAAGAAGGAGGCGGCGGCCUGCAAGCAGAUCGACCAGCUGCUCUGGAAGGCCGAGGUGGACCUGGAGAACGUGGAGGACAUGUACCUGCGCCACGUGGACAGCCAGAAGGACGGGGACACGGCCACCCAGUUCUCCGUCUCCGUGGCGGAGUUCAACCGCAAGGUGGCCUCGAAGGUCGAGGAGUUCAUGGGCUGGCUCGGCUGA